AGAGCUCGGGGGAAGCAGGACUCACUACUCAAUCGUCACACUCACACAGAGAAAGGGGAGAAAAAAAGAGUGCAGGUCUUGAUUUAUUUAGAAAAGAGGUGGAAGUUCUGUGUGCCCGGUCUACACAGAGCCGUACAAGGGGGCAGAGCACUUGGAGUUGAGGAGACUGAAAAGUACCUGCCAUUGCAUGCUGAUGCUCAAGUGCCCGAGAAGAAAAAUUGGAUUCAUAAUUUUGUAAAAUUGUAUUAUCAAUUAUUGUAAUUGUGAAUGUUUGCGAUUUGUUAUUUUAUUUUUGUGUUUGUUUCUAAAAGAAGAAAUGAAAUAAGUUCAGAGGCCGGGCAAUUGACUGGACUCACAGUGAUACCCAGCGCAUUCCGAGCUGUCAGCGCGUGCACUGACCAUCGCGUUCUGAUUCUUCUUCUCUCACAAGGUGGAUGGACACUCGCCAGGGUUUGAUCCCAACUGUCACUCACUACACCCGUCAAACAUCCAAGGAUAUUUCCCCACUUCUGACAUCUUUCUUUUUUUCUACUCGGACAGAUCACUUCUCUCGCACACUUUUUUUGCCAAAUGGUGUGAGUAACCUACAGAGAGAAGCGGUGAAAGAGAACUGAAGGUAUAGCACAGGCUAUCCACGGUCUCGUCACAUACAAACACAGGGGCAGAGUGGACCGAAGAGGCGAAGCGCAAAAGCACGAUCAACCACCCACCCCGGCCGGCAGUCCGAGCGCAGGAGCCUCGUACUUUUGGAGGUCCCGGGAAAAGUUGAGUGCCGAGCAAGUGGAGGCAAUAGGAGGGAAGCGAGCCCAUCCUUCAGAGUGCUGGUCCCCGGGCAAUGCAAGUGUAAAUGCCAGGGCAAUGUCCCGUCGCAAGCAGGGGAACCCACAGCACGUGUCACAGAGGGAAUUAAUAGCACCGGCGGAAUCUGAUCAUGUGGACGGCGGACUGUCCAUGUCUGACUCCCUCACCCUCCCUCACCCUCACCCCCUGUUGUCCCACCCGGCCCUGCUGGACCCCAGCCUAUCAAACAGCCUGGCCAUGGGUCUGGUUGACCACGACCUGCUCACCUGUGGCCAGUGUCAGAUGAACUUUCCCCUGGGAGACAUCCUGCUCUUCAUCGAGCACAAGAAGAAGCAGUGCCAGGCCCUACUGCAAGGCCACGACUGCUAUGACAAGAUGGCCGCUGACCGCAGCAGCCCCUCCCCGCCCCACCAGCAGCAGCAGAACCAGGGUCGCCACGGCCACUGCCAGCUGAGGAAAGUGGUGGAACCGGUGGAAAUUGGAAUCCAGGUGACACCAGAGGACGAGAGGCUGAUGGUGACGCCGACCAAAGGAAUUUGCCCCAAGCAGGAGAGCGUCCUGGCUGGAGGCCGGGACGAGCCUUCGAGCUACAUCUGCACCACGUGUAAGCAGCCCUUUCCCAGUGCCUGGUUCCUCCUGCAGCACGCCCAGAACAGCCAUGGCAUCCGCAUCUACCUGGAGUCCAACCCCUCCAGCUCGGCUUACCCCCGCAUCACCAUCCCCGGACUGCCCAUGGGCCAGGACUCCAUCCCCCAGUCCCCCCUCGCCAACUUUCUGGGAGAGAACAACCCCUUCCACCUGUUGAGGAUGACUGGGCCCCUGCUCCGGGAGCCCCCAACAGGCUUCAUGGAGAACCGUGGAGGCCUCCCCAACACCCCGCCCUUCGUCAGCCCCUCACCCCGCCACCACCUGGACCCCCACCGGCUGGAACGCCUUAGUGCCGAGGAAAUGGGGCUCAUCUCCCAGCACCCCAGUGCCUUUGAGAGGGUGAUGCGGCUGACGCCCAUGGCCAUCGAGGCCCAAUCCAUGGACUUUUCCAGGCGGCUCAGGGAGCUGGCGGGGAGCAAUAACGUGGCCACACCUCCUCUUUCGCCCAGCCGGAACAACCCUAUGCACCGCCUGCUCAACCCCAACCCCUUCCAGCCAAGCCCCAAGUCACCCUUUCUUAGCACCCCGCCCCUGCCGGCCAUGCCCCCCAACAGCACCACCCCGCCCCAGACGCAGGCCAAGAGCAAGUCAUGUGAGUUCUGCGGGAAGAGCUUCAAGUUCCAGAGUAACCUGGUGGUCCACCGGCGGAGCCACACCGGGGAGAAGCCCUAUAAGUGUCAGCUGUGCGACCAUGCCUGCUCCCAGGCCAGCAAGCUGAAGAGACACAUGAAGACACACAUGCACAAAUCUGGCUCCAUGACAGGGAGGUCUGACGAUGGGCUUUCCACCACAAGCUCCCCCGAGCCGGGCACCAGCGAAGUGACCGGAGAAGGCAUGAAGAACAGAGAGGGAGACUUCAGGGGUGAGGGUGAAGAGGAGGAAGAGGAAGAGGAUGAAGAGGAGAUGGAGAACGAGAGCAGGCCAGAGUCAAACUUCAGCAUGGACAACAUGGAGUUCUACCGUAACCGUGAGAACGGCUCCAAGCCGCCAGACGAGAAGAACUCUCUCUCCCUGGGUAAGAUGGUGGAGAAUGUGGGCCUGAACACUAUACAGCAGUACAAUAACUUGAUAGUCGACAAUCGUAAAAAUCGGAUGCCCUUCUCUAAAAAGGGGUCCGACGGGCAGCGGGACACUGGGGAUGAGGACUCUGUGGUGGGAGAGAUGGAGAGGGAGCACCGUCACCACCAGAUGGAAAGGGAUCACCAAAGGCCCACUGUCAACGGCAGGAACUGUGGCUCCGGCAACUCUUUCUCAAGCCUUUUCCCCCGCAAGCCCACACCCAUCACCAGCCCCAGCCUGUCCAACUCCUCCAACAAGAGGAUCAAGAUUGAGAAGGAUCUGGACAUGCCCCCGGCACCAAUCAUCCCCUCUGAGAACGUCUACUCUCAGUGGCUGGUGGGUUAUGCCGCCUCACGACACUUCAUCAAAGACCCUUUCCUGGGCUUCACCGACUCCAGACAAUCUCCCUUCGGCACAUCCUCUGAGCACUCAUCUGAGAACGGCAGCCUGCGCUUCUCCACACCUCCUGGGGACCUCCUGGAUGGCGGCCUGUCGGGGCGCAGCGGUACAGCCAGCGGGGGUAGCACCCCUCACCUGGGGGGCAUGGGAUCCGGCCGGCCCGGCUCCAAGGAGAGCCGACGGAGCGACACCUGCGAGUACUGCGGCAAGGUGUUCAAGAACUGCAGCAACCUGACAGUGCACCGACGCAGCCACACGGGAGAGAGGCCCUACAAGUGCGAGCUGUGCAACUACGCCUGCGCCCAGAGCUCCAAGCUCACCCGCCACAUGAAGACCCACGGGCAGAUGGGUAAGGAAGUGUACCGCUGUGACAUUUGCCAAAUGCCCUUCAGUGUGUACAGCACUCUCGAGAAACACAUGAAAAAGUGGCAUGGGGAACAUUUGAUGACCAACGAGGUCAAAAUUGAAGAGAGAGAAGCUAAGCCAGAUUUUCCUAUUUUGCCUCUUUCGCCACAACCUUGAAAACAAACAAAUACAAAAAGGGGUAGCUGGAUACUCUUUUUCUUAAAUAUCGCAUUUUGGGUUAAUUUUAUGUUUUUGCCUAAGAAACUGCUAACUGAGAAAAACAAUUAACAAACAAACAGAUAUUAACAGCACCAAUUAAAGCCGGUCUAAACUGCCUCAUUUGGCUAAAGAUCCUUUUUAACAGUUGAUCAGAGGAUUAAUUAAAUGAUACCAUUUUUAGAGCCUUUAACUGUGCAAUAAUUUCUGUAUUUAUUGGAUUUUGUAAUAUUUUGGCAUGUACAGGUACUAUUUUAUUUUGUCAUUUUUAAAUUUGUUUUACUUUUUAUUUUAAUUGCUGGGAUUUUAUUUCAUUUUUUAAAAACCCAGAGGAUAUCCUGAGAUUUCUUUUUAGCAGACAGAAAAAAAAAUGCUUAUAGAAAAUUGUAUAUUUAAACUACACGUGUAAUUUCCUGAAGAGAAGCACGAAUUUAAUCUUAAAAAAUGUUUUAAGCAUAACUGAGGAAGCUAUUUUUUAUUUGUUAUAUAUGAUAGGAUAUACAUUCGCGGACAACAAUCCUUUGGCAUUGUAGCAUGAACUGACUUUAAACAUGUUAAUCUAAUUGGAUAUGUAGCACUGAAUGUCAUUUAUGACAGUAAAUCUAAAGAGGAUCCGGAGGUUUCACAAACCCCGCCUCUUCUCCAAUAAAUACAUCCAUUAAAAAUAAAGAAGAAGACGAAGCAGAAGAACACAAAGGCAGCUGCUUACUGGUACCUAGUACCCACCCCUGACAGACAACGCUAGAGAAACAGAGACAUUGUGUAUUUCUAUAGAAUCCCCUCAUAGUAUUCUCACACUGCAUCUAAACUAGCUCUUCCUAAACUCACCCUAACCCAUCCUACUAAACAUAACAGAAAUGCUAUAAUAAUGCACAUACUGAUGUUUUCUAUCUUUUAUCACACAGUUGUAGGAUGGCUAAACCGUCGGGCUAAACUGCGGAGCUUUAUAGCCAGAGAGAGCAGGGAGAUCUUAGGGUGAGCUAUAGGGGUCUCUUCCCUCUUCUUCAUGAUGUCAUUCACCCCUUCAUUAUCAUUCCACGGAUGAGUUUAACACAAUCACCCGUGCCCUUAGAUUAUUGCAUAUAUUACACUCUCCUCCCAAUUCCCUGUCCCUCGUCUCUGAUGCACACUGUGUCUCACUCCCCUGCCAGCUGACUAUUACAACUUCCAGCACUAUUACAAACUCCCUAUCGGACACUGGGCACAGAGUAGCAUUACAGACAGCCUCAUCACCCUCAGUCUCACUCAGUCAUUUCAAGCUGCCAGGUAUUGACACAUUCUGUAGGCACGGUGUAUCUCCUUAAACUCUGCUUUCUCUGUUUUGAUCACCAUUCAUAUUUAAUGUUUGGGUGGUGGAUUAGGAAGGGGCUGGGUAGUGGAUUAGGAAGGGGCUGGGUGGUGGUUUAGGA